AAACCGCUAGUAAAAAUAAACGAGUGAAUGUAUUAAAUCCUCCUAGUAAUUUUAAUUGUUUAAGUAACUGUAAAACCUAAAUAGGCUCCUUACGGCCAUUGCCGUGAACAUCAGGUUAUGUGUCUCUUAAGUUAAAAUUAAUUUAACCCAUUUCUUCCAAUUAAAACGUGAAUAUACAGUUUGGGAGUGUACAUGAUAAAAAUACCACAUGGCACUCAGCAGGGGAGGAUAUGUUUUCAUUAACUACGGCAUACAGGUGCACUUGCAGUGAAGUUGACUAGGCGAAGUUUAAUGUUUCUUUGUGAAUAUUUUGUGGUUUAUAUAUUUUCAAUCUCAUGAUGGAUAACGAAGUUUUUAAUGAGAUUGAACAACUCUUGAAAGAUAUAUCAGAUUAUCUAGAAAAAAAAAGCCAAAACGAAAAACUUUCGGCGGAAGAGCAGGAAUAUGCCAAAAAACUAAUAGACCGAUCAAAGAAACAACUGGAAAAAAUUGACGAAUAUAAAAAUAGUAAUAAUGAAUAUUUUGAAGUCAAUGAAGUUCAAAAAGCCGAGAAGGAUUCAUAUGUUCCUAUGUACCCUCUUGGAGCUAAACGUAAAGAAAAAAAAAUAGUUAACGAUUGUUUGCCACAAUCGCCUCCUCCUCCUCUUCCCGCUAAGUCUAUUGGAAAACGAAAAACAGAAUCACCUUCCCCAGAACCUGUUUGUCCAUACAAAGAAUUACCAGCUAAGCAAACAUCAACUGGUAUUAAAUCCGGACACUUGGUAACACAAAGAAAAAUCCUCAAGAUCUUAUUCAACCAGAAAAUGUUUGGAGUUAUCCACGAUUUUUGGUUAUUAAUUUAUAUAUCAGAAAAGGAUUGGAAGCCGUUUUAUACAAUAGAUCUGCGCUACUAUAAAGCAACCGUGGAAGAAGGUGAUUCAAAUGAGCAAGAAGGUGAAGAAAGUGCCAAACAUUUUGGCAAAAUGACAUCAAGUUUCAAAGUGUUACACACUGAUUUGCAGGGUAAGAAAUAUGAAUUUGUUGCCAAAACCGAAAAAGAUAUGCGUCAAUGGAUUGCAAAAAUAAAUUCCACCCACGAAAUGGCCCUAAGAGCAGCACAGGGAAUAGCUGAAGAGAUUUAUGAACAAUGGGGCACAAUGUCGCCACAAAAUAACUCAGAAGAAACCUCCCAUUUGAACCCAUCUCAUGAAAGGUCAUUGCAAAACAAACCGCUACCAUUAAUCCCAAAUCAAGAAGAUAUUAAACCUGAUCUUCCAGCAAAAAAGCAAGUUCCACUCUUACCAACGGAAUCCCUAGAAGACCUUUAUGAGGAGUUACCAUUUGGCGAUCUUGGACCAUUUUCAGAACAAAAUGAAAAUGUUGAAUUGAUGGCGAGUAGCGAUUCUUUUGAUUCGGUAGAUGACCGAGAUAUGAUAUAUGACGAACUCGCAGAUAUAAGCGGAAUUAUUAAUACUAAUACCGCACCACCUAGCACAUCUUUAGACAAAUAUUCUCCUGAACUAAAACACUCUAUGACACCUACGAAUGAAGAACCUGAACAAUAUUACGACGAUAUAACUUCUUUAGAGGAAGAUGUAAAAAAACUUUUUAAACCAAAUCAAGAAUUGAAACCUUCCUCUACAGAUGCACCGAUUAUAAAGGAUAAAGUGAUCAAUUCUUUACAAGGACAUGUAGAUGUUGACAAAUCAAAGUCAUUUGAAAAAAUAAAUAAACCAGCUUUUAAGCCAAGUAUAGUAAGCAAAUCACCUACUACUCCGAUUAAACCAAAAAUUCCUACAAAGCCAAAUACAUUAUUGCUAACAGCAAAUAAAUGUCCCUUGCCAAAAUUCAAAAGUCCAGGUCAAAAAUCAUAUGGUAAUACGCCAAACAAAAUAAAUCCUACCCCUAAAAAAUCAACAAGUAAUUCUUCUUCAACUGGUUGUUGUUUUGAAACAUUCUCCAAAGACUCCAAAACUUUUCAAGCAAGUACUCCUAAAAGGAGUUCUAACUUUGAAUCCACUAUGCCCGUUUUUGACAACUCCUUGAAAGAAAUAAAUUUUCUGCAGUCUAAUAAUAAACAUGAAGAAAAUGAACAGCCGAUGGUGCUAUUAAAGGGUGAGAAAAAUAAAAAUAAUUUAAAAAAGAAUUUAAUCAAACCUGCAAUAACAUCAAAUAAACCAAAGAAACCUGUGGUAAAGAAACUGGCAUUUUGAGAAUAAAUCUACCAAAUAAAAUAUAUUAUGUGAUAUUGUCGAAUUAUAUGAUUAUAAAUAAAAAGUUGUAAUAUACUAUUUAUUUUUGAUAUAAGAAUUAUAAGUGAACUAUUGUUAAAAUAUGUUUUUUUUACAAUUAAAACUCUUACAGAUCUUAGAAGAUAAUGCUUUUGUAAAUACAAGUCAAAUAUAAAAAAAUAUAAGACUCA